UAGUUAAAAGCCACUGCGGGAGAUCUACCGGCUGAUGUAGCACCAAUUAAUUGCCCUCGAGAGACUUGAUGGGAUCGGGUGAUAGGUGCCAUCUGGCUGGCGCCAGCAAGCCCAUGAACUCGGUUCUCACCUUCCAAUGGAGCAAGAAAAACGCGAUUUUUUUACUACGAGGCGAAGGAGCGACCGCCUACAUCCAAUAGCAAAGGGCCGUUCCCGUUCCCCUUCCCCUUCCCCUUCCCCAUUCCGAGCAAUGGCUUUCUGGGGGGUUGAAGUAAAGCCCGGAAACCAUUACAUGCAUCUUCUCAACGAUUUUCAGGGACGACUUCGUAUCUGCCAGGCAACAUUGGGGAGUGGCAGUGCGGUGACGAAGAGCGUGCUGCAAUGCAUUGUCGGCAAUAGAAGCCCCAUCUUACUGUGCAGCUUGAUUCCUAAUGUGGUUGAGACAUGCCAUUUGGAGCUCGAGUUCGAGGAGGAUGGCAAGGUCAUCUUCUCAGUUCUUGGGGAAAGAAGUGUGCACCUCUCUGGUUACUUUCUUCGUCCUAAGAUUCUCAUGGGUGGGGAUGAAAGUGAUUCAUAUGGGGAGGACAUCGGUGAAGAGGAUUCAAGCAGCUACGAUAAGUAUGAAUCUGAAUUUAUUGAUGAUGGUGAUGAUGAUUUUCGAUGCCAGCCUGUUGUCAAGUCUAAGAGCUCCAUGGAAUUGGAAAAUGAAGAGAAAGAUGGCUUCCCGAUAUCUUUUUUCCGAAGAAAGAAAAUUUCUACUAAGACUGCUGAUGGGAACAGUAAAUUAGGUGAUUCAACAAUCCAUGGAUCACUGGAAAGCGAAGAGGAAGAUGGGAAUUCUAAGCCUGCAGAAGGGAAUGCUGAAACAGGUGCUGCGGCAGUUGAUGAGGAAAAGAAAAGGAAGAUCAAUGCCAUCAGUGAAGGCCUAGAAUCUGCAAGGGUAACUUUCCAGCCAUGUGAUUCUUCACUGCUGCCUUCUGAGAUGAGAUUUGAAAACAAUGGCAUCCCAAAGAAGAAAAAGAAAGUUAAGGAUGGAAAACCUCUUGAAAUGAUAUCUAAUGGGGAAAGGGUAAGAGGUGAUCCAGAGCAAGAUAGGGAUGAUACAGAGGUUGGCAUGGUGAAAAUGGAGACCAAGGAAAAUGAUCUUCUGGUGGAAAUGUUGGCGUCCACGUUCUCUGCGACGGGGGGCGGGAUAUGCAAACUAUUAGACAAGGCUGAUGUGGUCUUCGUCGAAGAUAUCGUUGUUCAGGUGCUUGACCUGAACAAAGUGAUCGAUCUUGACUCCGUUCACGAUAUGGUUAGCGAAUAUCUAUUCACAGCGAGUGAUGGGAGUACGGAACUUAAAGCAAUGCUUCCAGCACAUGCGGAAGUACGUUCAGGAAUGCUUGAAAACCUUUGCCUCAUACGUAUUUUUGAUUACACUUUGGAUGCUAGAACAUUGAUUGUGAGAAGCUGUGAUGUCGUUGCACCAUCAACCAAGAUGGAGAUCAAAAUUGAUGAACCACAUGGGAGUUCUAUUCCUGCUACACGGACGUUUAUGACAAGAAGAAUAUUUGCUCUUGAUUCCUUGGAUGCUACUAAAACAGAUUGGGAAAUUGAGCUUCAAGUUAAACAGAAAGGCGACUUGAGAUCGUAUAAUAACAGCAAAGGAAAUGGCUUGUCUUUGACGUAACUUUAGCAGACAAGAAAGAUAAGAAAAUAAGGGCUGUCAUGUUCAAUAAAGCUGCAAGGAAAUUCUAUCCUAAGUUUAAAUUAGGAAAGACUUACUAUAUUUCAGGAGGCACUCUUAAACCAACAAAAGAACAAUACAAAAUUGCAGAUAAUGAUUAUGAGAUAAUCUUGGGAGAAGGAACAAUUGUGAAAGAGGUAGAUGACAAUGAUUCAACACCAAAGGCAAAGUCCAACUUUGACAAGAUUGAUCAAGGAAAUGUUACUUCAAUCGAAGUUCCCCUUUCGAAAAUUACUAAUGACCCAACUCUAGGUCAGGAAAAGGCUGUCUAUUUCAAUGUAAAAGUAUUUGUGACUUACAUUUCUUCUAACCAAACAAUGUGGUUCUGGGCAUGCAAGACCUGCCACAAAAAGGUGACUGAAACUGUUGAUUCUGGUUAUUGGUGUGAAAAAUGCAAUGCGAUUGUCCAGUGUUGUUUAAGAUAUGUAAUGGAAGUCAAGAUAUCAGAUCAUUCAGGGGAUGCUUGGGUUACAGUUUUCAACGAGGUGGCGGAGGAACUUAUUGGAUGCACUGCUGAAGAGCUUGCUAGGAUAAAAGCCAGUGAGGGCUAUGAUAAGUACCAACUCAAAUUGGAAAAAGCAACUGGGACUCAACAUUUCUUCCGAGUUGGAGUUCAACAAGCUGAGUUCAUGAACAAGAGGAGACAGAAGAUAACUGUGCUCGCUCAAGUACCAGCUGAUUGCUAAGCUGAAUCAAGAUUCUUUUUGGAAGAGAGAACAAAUAUAUCUGCCUCUUAAUGCAGUAAUAGUUUAGAAACAUACAUUUUUUUUAUUGCUUUAGUUAGUUUAAUAUAUGGAAGUUGCUGACUCUUGCUGACUCUCUGACGUUAACCAUUGCUUGCUGAAUGACAUACUACUGCUUCAUCUAAGAAUACUCAGAAGUACCGGUACUUUAAAAA